AUGUACUUCUUCCUCCUCAACCUCUCCCUCCUUGACCUGGCAUCCAUCUCCACCACUUUCCCCAAAGCCACGGCCAAUUCCCUCUGGGACACCAGGGACAUCUCCUACGCAGGAUGUGCUGCCCAGCUCUUUUUCUUUCUCUUCUUUAUUAUAGGGGAGUAUUGUCUUCUCACUGUCAUGGCCUAUGACCGCUACAUUGCCAUCUGCAAACCCCUGCACUACGGGACCCUCCUGGGCAGCAGAGCUUGUGCCCACAUGGCAGCAGCUGCCUGGGGCAGUGGGUUUCUCACUGCUCUGCUGCACACGGCCAAUACAUUUUCCCUACGCCUCUGCCACGGCAAUGCUGUGGACCAGUUCUUCUGUGAAAUCCCCCAGAUCCUCAAGCUCUCCUGCUCAGAUGCCUACCUCAGGGAAGCUGGGCUAAUUGUGGUUAGUGUCUGUUUAGCCUUUGGGUGUUUUGUUUUCAUUGUGGUGUCCUAUGUGCAGAUCUUCAGGGCCGUGCUGAGGAUCCCCUCUGAGCAGGGACGGCACAAAGCCUUUUCCACGUGCCUCCCUCACCUGGCCGUGGUCUCCCUGUUUAUCAGCACUGGCAUGUUUGUCUACCUGAAGCCCCUGUCUGUCUCCUCCACAACCCUGGAUCUGGUGGUGUCAGUUCUGUACUCGGUGGUGCCUCCAGCCAUGAAUCCUCUCAUCUACAGCAUGAAGAACCAGGAGCUCAAG